AGGGGAGCAGUGAAGCCAAACCGGAUCCUUCAUGAGGGAAGAGGCCAGGGACAGCCACCCAGCCCCGGCUUCUCUUCUCUCCUCUCAUAUUAUCCUGUAUUGCAAGCCUUGGGAGCCCAAGUAGGGGGCUGAGUCAGUGUUCGUAGGAUGUCCCGUCAUGAAGGUGUGAGCUGCGAUGCGUGUUUAAAGGGCAACUUCAGAGGUCGACGGUACAAGUGUUUAAUUUGCUACGACUAUGAUCUGUGCGCAUCAUGCUACGAAAGCGGUGCCACCACGACCCGACACACCACAGAACAUCCCAUGCAGUGUAUAUUAACAAGAGUUGACUUUGACCUAUACUAUGGUGGAGAAGCCUUCUCGGUGGAGCAGCCUCAGGCCUUCACCUGUCCCUACUGUGGCAGGAUGGGCUACACGGAGAUCUCCCUGCAAGAGCAUGUGGCUGCAGAUCACACAGAGACCUCCACAGAAGUGAUAUGCCCGAUAUGUGCAGCACUGCCAGGUGGUGACCCAAAUCACGUGACUGAUGACUUUGCUGCUCAUCUCACACUUGAACACAGAGCCCCGAGAGACUUGGAUGAGUCCAGCGGGGUGCGGCACGUGAGGAGGAUGUUUCACCCCGGGCGCGGGUUGGGGGGCCCGCGAGCCCGCAGGUCUAACAUGCAUUUCACCAGCAGCACCACAGGGGGGCUCUCCACAAGUCAGAGUUCCUCACAGAGCUCCAACUACAGCAGAGAGGCUAUGGAUCCCAUAGCAGAGCUCCUGUCCCAGUUGUCGGGGGUGCGACGUUCGGCGGGAGGCCAGCUCAGCUCGGGUCCCUCUGCCACACAGCUCCAACAGCUUCAGAUGCAACUCCAGUUGGAGCGCCAGCAAGCCCAGGUGGCGCGGCAGCAGCUGGAGACGGCCCGAAACGCCAGCCGAGGGGGUGGCAGAGCCAACGCAAUCCUCAACACAAAUUCAACCGCCGCAAACUCCAACGUCAACCACACCAACAACCCCAGUCCCCACCCUGGGCCAACUGAGCCCAACGCACAGCACACUGCACACAGCUCCCAGUUUCUACUCAGCAGGCUGAGCGAACCACGGCUGUCUGAGGCUGAGCGGCAGGCGUGCGAGGCACAGUGGGCCGACAGGAGCCUGUUCGUCACGGAGCUGCUGCUGUCCACGCUGCUUCCCGAUGAGGACGCCUCGGCCUCCUCCUCCGAAGACGAGGAUGAUUGUCACGGCCCGUUGCGGAACUUCGCCGACUUCGAGGCCAUGGGUUGUGUCGAGGUCAUGACGUUGGACGUGGCGCUGGAGAACCUAAACCUCAAGGAGACGAGCCCCGCCCCGAAGAAGACGAAACCGACGACUAAAACAACACCUGCAAAGAAAGAGCCCCCCGCGCCACCCCUUUGAUGACAUGGCCACUCCCUCCCCCCCUUCAAUCACCAUUGUGACUAGCUGACUGCUCAGUCAGCCCAACUGCCAAUGGAUGACAAAGACUGCAGUUCUUCUUGGCUUUUUUUUUUGUUUGUUUUUUUUCUCAGUCAUUUCAGCCCUGUCGCUCCCCAACUCCACCCCAUGUUUUACGUUGUGUACAUUGAAUAAAAGUAGUGAGACGAGAGAAUGUGAAAGCAAGCAAGCGUGUAGGGUGUGUGAGACAAAAGAGAACUAUAUAAACAUAUUAUUAAAAAGAAGAAAAAAAAACUCUAUAUGAAAGUUGAUAAUCAUAACCCGCAUUUCCUCUAGCAGAAAGCGUAGUCUGCUGUUUUUAAGAGACAAAUCCCGUCACACACUUGGAGGGAGAGGAGGCCGACUGAAAACCCUCCGCUUAAUAAAAGAAAAAAAAACGCUGCUGUGUAUUUAUAGAUAUAAAUUAAAGUGCUUGGAUGGUUUACCACAACGUAAGCAUGAGCUUAAAUCACCAUGUGCCCAUUUCAAACUGCACAGUCACCAGACGGGGAGGUCUUUCUCUUGUUGGGACACCUGAAUAACUUUGGUGCCGAGUGCCACCACACACACGCACACAAACGCAGUUCUGUUAACCCUUAUGUCAAAGUCUCAAGCCCCUCCCCUUCGUGUGACGCCACCUGUUUUUUGGGUCAUGUGACCUGGCUUUAUAUCGACUGUGGGCACUUGGGUUUUGAAUUUGCAUAUCCGGUGUCCAUUUAUGUACACUACAGAUGUUCAGCACAUACGCAGCACUGAGGCAGAGAUGAAAUGAUCUCUUGGUUGUGAACAUUUUCAGGCCUUUUCUAACAGAAGGAACAUGAUCCCUGGUCUCUUCAUACGGUUGUUUUCUCCUCUCUCUUUCACAGGAGAUCAAAUGCUUCUUUCUCCAGCUUCCUAUGUUCUUAAAUUAAUCUCAUGAAUACAAAGAUCUGCUCAUGUGGCUUGAAGGAGAGGAUCCUGUAUUGCUCUUUCCGUCGAUCUCUCGGGGUCCGAAAAGAUCUUUGUAUGCCUCCACUGCUAAGCUGAAGAAAUGCAAUGUGUGUUUUUUGGCUAAUGAGAAGAGCCAAAUGACAGGGUAAGCCUUUUCAGUUUGGAGGAAAAUAAAAAUGUUUUUUGGAUGGAAAAGAA